UGGCAUCAAUUUAUUAUAGUGCAGUUUUCGCUUCAAAUUAGUAUUUAGACAAGGUAACCGAUAUUAUGUGUAAUUCACUGUUAUUUUAAAACAUAGAAACCAUCUUAGUGGGUUAAAAACUUUUACACGCAUAGACCUCUCAAAGGGGACCGUCAGGGAGACUACUCUAACGCGUAAAGACCACCCAAAUCCAAAAAGAAAGGUAGUGGCAGAUUACUCUUGAUUUUCUCUUCUGUUUCUCUUUGGCAACAGACGCCGAAAAAAGGAUAUAAAGUUAAUUAAUUCUUAAUAAGUAGCAUAAAAGCAAGGAUGUGAUGAUUAAAAUUACACAAGAAAGAAUUCUAGCUUGUACAUCUACCUAACCACUUAUCACGACAGGAACGUGCUGAUAACGCAGGGGCAGGAGUAAUGUCGCCACUGAGUCCUCUGCCACUGUAGUUCGUUUUGUCACCAUCCAAUAAUUCAUACAUUAUUAUAUUUAUAGGUGAAUGAAUUAAACUGAAAUUAAAAUAAUUAUGUUUUAAUUUCAUUUACCAUAUCUAUUCAGUUUAUUAUGAUACCGUAUGGAGUAGGCCUAUUCUAUAACAUUUAAGAAGGACUCACAAAACCAAAUUAAAACAAUUCUGUUUAUUAAUUUUAGUUUACUGUCUUGUGUCUUGCACUCUUGCAGUGCAGAAGACAGGAGGUAAAGUUGCUAUAUAUACCAACAGCGUUUUCCAAAUGCUGGAUCACAACCCUAGUACAGGGCCAAAAAAGCAAAAUACUGGGUUACUAAAGGGUUUUUAAAAAUGUUUGACAAUAAGUCAUUAUCAUUAAGUGAUUAGUCUUAAGUAGGUGUUUCCUUGCCUUUGGCUUUUUCAAACUUUUUGUUUGGUCCUUGGUUUUAUUUUACCCAUAAGUAUGUAGUAUGAGCACCUUCUUAGUAAUGAACACUAAUAAAUCGGGAAUAUCAAUGUUAUUUAAAAAAAAGAAAGGAAUGAAGCUAACAAAAAAUAGCAUAUAUCUUCGAAUAAAUCUUAUUCUUACACAACACAGUUAAUAGUUCCAGCAAUGAAAAUGUAGACAUCUCAAAAAUUUGAUAAGAACAAUCAAUAGCCUCAAGAAGUAUGCUGGUAAUAUCAUAACACAGUGAAGUGUAGACUUGUGGUAAUAUUAGGAUACUAUUACAGAAACUAUUCUAGGCUACACUAAAAGAGUGUUGUUUUUAUUACUUGCAAGUCUAUGAAAACUUGCAAAUAAAAAAUGAUGUCACAUCUAAUGAGUGUUUUGAGUUACAAUUUUCACAAACAAGUUACAACACGAAGAUUUUAUCCUUCUUAAAUUUCUGACAAUUUCAAAUACCUUUUUCCAUGAUCUAUUUGAAGCAAAUUCAACACAGUAUUUUUUCCUAAAUAAUAAAUAUAAAAUCCAAAAUGGAAGCGUCAAAUGAGAUUUAAGAGUAAAUUUAUUAUCUUUUACUCUAAACAUGAAAUUUCUAUUUAACAAAAACCUGAAUCACACUGAUAAUAAUAAAUUAUUGACCAGGUUUCUUUUUAGUUAUUUUCAUAUUUUUCAGAGUAUCAGCUUUUUUAAUUAAACUAUAUAAAAAUAAUAUUGACAUUCACAUCUGUUUUAUGUUAACUAUAGGCCAGAAUAAGCAAUACACAUUUUGUUGGUUACAAAGGAGAGUAACAGUAUACAAUAAUCUGGCCAUGAAAAAGUAUUUUGGGAAAUGCAGUUAUAAUACUAUUGACAUUGAUGUUGUCUUAUGCUUAGUAUUCAGUAUGCUGUCAUGGCUUCGGUAGCAUGGUACAUAUGAUGGAGUCCAUAAUAACAGGUGUAGUUGUCUUAAGGCCUAUAGUUUUACUGGCAUGAAAAAAAAGUCAAGCUGCUAUUUCAACAUGAUGUAGCCCUGUUCACCAAUAUGAUGUAUAUGUUUAAAUUAUAAGUCAUUUUUUUUUUAAAGUGCAGAGUUGUGAAAUUGAAAUUCAGUUCUUUUAUUAAACUUCUGGUCCCCACAUAAAAUCCAAUGCCUACUUAUAAACAAGACCAGUCACUCAAAAGACAUGUGAAUGUUAUGUAACAUUGUUACUUUGGUUUAAGUAGUAUUAUUAGCCUCAUUGUUCCUAAACAUUAUGACCGGAGUUGUAUAUUUACGAUUACAUUUUCAAAUUCUAGUUACUCUUUUUAUAUGAUAUAAGCAGAAUGAUAAUUGGGCUGGGAUCUUUGAAACAUGAGGAAUGCUGUUUUACCAAUGAUUCUUUUUGUUCAGAAGACUUCCAUAAAAACUUCUUGUUAAACUGUCUUCGUUGUGAUGAUUAUGUGUUAUGGAUUUUUGGGCGAUACUGCAAUGUUUAAAAUACCUAUUACCAAGACAGUUUAAGAGUAUGUUUGUUAAUCAACAAUGUGUGAAACUUUUUUAUAGAUCAUGGUUAAGGCAAUUUUGAAAAUAGGAAAUGCAGAAUCUGUUUGCACCUGCUCAAAUAAUGCAAUAAUUCAAUGCACUUUUUUUUUUUAAUCAUUCCCAGAAUUUAAAAUAUGCCUAAAGAAAAGGAGGUAACCAAUCAUCCAUGUCAUUUACUCAGCCUCCCUUCAGCCAAAAGGUUUUGGUGUAGACACUGCAUGACAGUAUUUGAAGAUGCCAUCACCAGAUGGCGGCACAGCCGUUCGUGUCGCUAUGGCGUCGUCAACAACUUUAUGCGCCGUCGUGAGCUUGAGGCUAAAGCUCUACAGAAUACCUCUGUUUUGAAUCCAGUGGAGGCCAGGCUAGAACAGAGCAUCCAGAUGUCAGAUUUAGCCUCUAGUAGAGUUCCAUCCACCACUGGCAUGAAACACGAAGUAGAGGACCUGCAAGAUUCUGAUUCUUUCACCUGCUUUAUUUGUCAUCAGAAGUUCUCAUCCAUGGAGGAGAUGAGAUUUCAUGUGAGGUACCCAUGUAGCAACAGUAAAAUUAUUACAUCGCACGUACCCCAUCCAAAGCACUCAGUGCCGGUGUUUAUAGAUUCACUUCCAGUAAGACAACAGCAGUGGCCGCAAAGCCUGCAAUCGCAGGCCGAAUUGCAUCAGUCCUACAGGCCGACUCAAGCUCAGCCACAGUCUACACAACCGAGCAUCAGCAUGCAGAUGAUAAAUUCUGAACAAGAUUUAGAGGGUAGUUAUGAAAACUCUACUGUUUCAUACAGCAGUAAUCACUCAUCGGACACUAUAACACCAACUAACAUCUAUGUCAAUGAGCAAGGAGAAACAGUGAUAGAGGUGGAAAAUCUAGAUUUAAAUGCAGAAGGAGGAGAACUCUCUCUUGCUCAUUUGCUGACACAGUUGUCUCGACAGGGCAUCGUUUUUGAUAAGACAAGAUCAGCAGAACUUCAGAGUAAGGCAGAAGUGAGCGUCACCACUGCUUCAAACAUAGUAUACACAACAGAGGCAACAUUUGAAAACUCCUCUGUGUCCACAGCAGUUUUGAAAGAGGAUGAGGGGCAGCCGACUGCUGAGGAUGCAGCCAACACACUGGCACAGCUGGCUGGUUUCAGAAGCUUCAGAAGUAACCAGCAGUCUUACGAGGUGUCCCAGACUGAUGAACACCAGCAGCUGAAUGCCGCAGACAACUGUAGCAGUUCUAUACCUGGGACAAGCAGAUACUACACCACGAGUUCUCAGGGCGCCAUGGACAUUACAUAUGAGUAUGAAUAUUCGAAUUCUCCUGGAAUCAGCCACAGUCAUUCUGCUACCACAGAAGAAUUUUCACAAGCAAAGUCAUCAGCUCCCCCACAGUAUCCAAAUGACAAAGGUGAAGAGGAAGAUGUUGAUGGAGAAUCCAUUCAACAAAUUUAUGACCCAGAAACGGGCUCAUACUUAACAGUCAGUGUCAAUCACUGUGAAAUGGAGGCAGAGGAGGAAAUGGUUCAGAGCAACAGUGGAUCUACGCAAAGCGUUCCUGUGGGGGAUGAAUUACAUCAAGAUGCUACUCAGCAUUACUCCGAAGAGACAAAAACAUAUUCUGAUCAUCAGAUUGACCCAUCUUCAACAGAACAGUCUGUUAUCGGCCAGACAUCAGAUAAAAGUGAUAACCUUAUCAUAGGAACAUUUGAAAAUGGAUGUUAUACCAAGGAAAUUGGCCAGGCCCCAGGAAACUCUGAAAUACUUAUCAUAGGGGAUGGGAAAGAUGUUACUAAAAGUAGCAAUCAAAACAAUGAUAAGUACUCAGAAGUUAUAGAAUUUUCUGUCCCUGCAGAAUCUCUUCAAGAGAUUGUUGAUGCUAGUCACUUAAAUUUUGAUGAACAGCAAUCAGAGAAUGUUCAAAAUGAAAACAGAGAUCCAGAAAUUUUAUAUGAGAAUCAGCCUCAUUUUACAGUUGAUUCACGAAAGGAUCAUUUGUCAGUUGUGGAAGGAAAUGACUCGUUGACUUUGAUAUAUGAAACGGAUGGCCAGUCUACAUCUCAGUCCAGUGAAGAUUUGGCUGCGUCUGAGGGCACAGUUUAUGUAGUCACUUCAGCCGGCAUUCUGCCACGCAACAGGAAAGAUAACUAAAAGUGGGCUUUAAAAAUUAUUUUCCUACAGGUAAUGAAUGCUAUUUAAGAUUAUUUAUAUAUUUUAGAAUUAGAGAUAAUAGCUAUCUAAAGGACUAAACCAAUUAAGUUUGUAUAAUGUGGCUCUUUAACUGUAAGUAAGAGUAGAAACUUCAAAUUGUAUAAAUAUAUAUUUUUUAAACUUAAAAAUUAAGACUUUUCAGUUUCAGAAACAAAGUUAUUGUCAUAAAAAUCAAAUGCCAUUUCUUUUUAAACUCACAUGUAUCUAACAUUAUUUUUCUUUAAUUCAUGUAAAGGUCAUUCCUGAAUAAAAGUUGCUGCACCAAAAGAAAUAGCUGAUUGAAAGGUCAUCAAAAGAAAAAAAGCCUUGACAAAGAGUUAUACUUAUGGCUUUCGCUGAGCAUACAUUAUAGAAAUCUUUUUUUUGGUUGUUUCCUUUUUUUAAUAUAAAU